CUCUCGGCCAGCUGUUUGUGGAGUGUAGACGUGUACGUGAAGUGAUUAAAUCCUAUUUGUCGCUUUUGUUCUUUCCAUUGGAUCGCAUUGGAUUGUGUUUAUUAGAGCAGCGGGACUUUAUCAGAGCAAUGGCCACCAUUGAGGAACUAAAGCUGCGAAUCCGUGAGUUAGAAAAUGAAUUAAUAAAGUCAAAGCAGAAGCAAAGCGAUUCUGAACAUCAUCUUAGACCAAAGAUUGCUCAAAUGAGUGCUGAAGUGGUAGACUCAAAUCCAUACAGUCGUCUUAUGGCACUGAAAAGGAUGGGCAUAGUGCAGGACUAUGAGAAAAUCCGCUCGUAUGCUGUGGCAGUGGUGGGGGUUGGAGGGGUGGGGAGUGUCACUGCAGAAAUGCUCACCAGAUGUGGCAUUGGUAAGUUGCUGCUCUUUGACUAUGAUAAGGUGGAACUGGCCAACAUGAACCGCCUCUUCUUCCAGCCACAUCAGGCAGGACUCAGUAAAGUGGAGGCUGCCGAACACACACUUAGGAACAUUAAUCCAGAUGUUGCGUUCGAGACACACAAUUUCAACAUCACCACAAUGGACAACUUUACACAUUUCAUGGACCGCGUAAGUCAUGGUGGUCUUGAGGGAAAGCCUGUAGAUUUGGUGCUGAGUUGUGUUGAUAACUUUGAGGCUCGGAUGGCCAUUAACACAGCAUGUAAUGAAUUGGGUCAGAUCUGGAUGGAGUCGGGUGUCAGUGAGAACGCUGUGUCUGGACACAUCCAGCUCAUCAUCCCUGGAGAAACGGCCUGUUUUGCUUGUGCCCCUCCCCUUGUAGUUGCUGCAAACAUCGAUGAGAAGACAUUAAAGAGAGAGGGGGUGUGUGCCGCCAGCCUACCCACCACAAUGGGAGUAGUCGCUGGACUUCUUGUACAGAAUGUCCUCAAGUAUCUGUUGGGGUUCGGGACAGUGAGUUAUUAUCUGGGCUAUAAUGCCAUGCAGGAUUUCUUCCCCAGUAUGGCAAUGAAGGCUAACCCACAGUGUGAUGACAGACACUGUAGAAGACAACAGGAGGAGUACAAGAAAAAAGAAGCAGAGCGGCCAAAGCAGGAAGUGGUACAGGAGGAAGAAGUGGUGGUGCAUGAGGACAAUGAAUGGGGCAUUGAGCUGGUGUCAGAGGUCUCAGAGGCGGAGCUUCAGGCUGCGUCAGGACCAGUUCCAGAUCUCCCAGAGGGCAUUACUGUAGCUUACACCAUUCCUGAGAAAGAUGGAGAAUCAGGGGAGACAGUAGAGGAGACGCACCAGAGUCUAGAGGAGCUGAUGGCUCAGAUGAGAAAGAUGUAGGGGAAAAAAGUGAAAUAAAUAUCUUGCCUUCUUAAACUCUGAGGAAAAAAAAAAAAAAAGAAGAGAGACCCUGCGAAUGUCUUAUCAUUCAGACUCACAAAAACAAACUAAUUAUUAAUUAUUUUUUACUUGUAUACAGUACAUGUAUGGUAAACUCUAAGGAAUCUUUCAAAUACAAAAUGAUGUAUUAUUAAUUAUUUUUAAUAAUUUGUCUUUCCAAAACAACCUGAAAUGCGCUUAAGUACGCAGAUUUACUGGGACUACUGAAGUCUUAAAGGUGUAGUUGACCCAAAAAUGAAAAUUCUCUCAUGCCAUCUCAGAUGUGUAUGACUUUCUUAAUUCUGCAGAACAUAAACUAAGAUUUAUUGAAGAAUAUCUCAGCUCUGAAGGUCCAUACAAUGCAAGUGAAUGGUGACCAGAACUCUGAAUCUCCAAAAAUCAUAAAGGCAGCAUAAAAGUAAUCCAUGCCUUCAGAAGUGAUAUGAUAGGUGAGUGUGAGAAACAGAUAAAUAUUUAAGUCCUUUUUACUGUCAUUCUAGACCUUUGAUCAGCCCCAACCAGUAGAUGGCUGAAUGUGAAAGUGUAGAUUUUCAGUAAAAAAGAACUUAAAUAUUGAGAUGUUUCUCACCCACACCUAUCAUAUUACUUCUAAAGACAUGGAUUAAACCACUGGAGUCUUAUGAAUUACUUUUAUGAUGCCUUUAUGGACCUUCAGAGUUCUGGUCACCAUUCACUUGCAUUGUAUGGACCUACAGAGCUGAGAUAUUCUUCUAAAAAUCUUCAUUUGUGUUCUGCAGAAGUAAGUAAGUUAUACACAUCUGGGAUGGCAUGAGGGUGAGUAAUUGAUGAGAAUUUUCAUUUUUGGGUGAACUAUCCCUUUAGUUUUAAUAUAUAUAUAUAUAUAUAUAUAUUUUUUUUUUUUGUUGUUUUUUUGCAGUGCAAAGGUUUCAGAGUUGUACGUUUAGCAUAUUGGCAUGGACUGAUGAAUAUAAAUAAUUUGAAAGGUUACUCGUAGUAAACUAGGUUAGUGUUUAUGUGAAGGAAACGGAUGUGACCUCAGCAACACCUCUAAAUGUAACAUUCUUGUUUCUGAUGUGACAAAGACAUGCAGGCAAAUGUUAUGAAGAACAUCACACAAAUGGUUUCAAUUAUAGUCUUGUCAGAUAUUUCAUCAGUUAACUGAUUUUGACUGCUGUAUUGAACGCUGGAACGCAUAUUUGAAUAAUGCAAAAUAAAAUAAAUGUAUCAUU